UACUGUGUUCCCGUUCGUGUUGGCCUACAGACCUAAUUUUUGCGUGUGUUGUGUGUCUGUCCCGUGUGCCGUGUAUAGUUUUUCCCGAAAAAAAGCAAAAACGGGAAUACGGAAUAAACAAAUAGGCUGAAAGUAAAAGCAUAUAAAAAUAAAAACCGAAUUCCCAACAGCGUGGCGUGGAAAGUGAAAUUAAAACAAAAAAACUUAAAAGCAAAGCGCGCCGUGCAACUUUAAGAAUCCGCAAUAGUAACAGCAACAACAACGACAACAGAAGCUACUAAAUUAUAUUUGCAAGCGAAAUGAAAAUGUGUAUUAAUAUGCGUAAGAGGGGCAGCUACAGCGACAAACAGUGCUAAUAAUAAUGGUAGUGCAAUUUUUGUAAAAUUAUCACAUACAAAUGAAACAAACCUACAAAUACAUAUGUAUGUGUGUGCAAAUUUAUGUGUAAAUGUAUGCGUAUACAGCGUGCAUUGUUGUUGUGUCAUAGAAUUGGAGCACAGCACCUAGAACAGCAACAACAAAAAUUAGCAGAGCGCCCCCUGCCAGCUAUCCGCAGCAACAGAAACAACAACAACCAGUAAAUAUUUGUGCAUAUGUGUAUGUAUGCGUGAAUAUAAAUGCGCGCUGUUCUCAUGUGUUGUUCGUUCGCGUGUAGUGUGUGUGUGUAUCGGUGUGUCGUUGCGUUAUGCAUGUGUAUGUAAUAGGGAAUUGCAAUUUGUUGUUUUUGUAGGAAGAGCUUUUCGCUUGUUGCGCGUGCUCGUCUUCCUCUUCUCCGUCGUCAUCGUCAUCGCCGUCGUCUCGCUGUCGUCGUCGUCGUUGUGCAAGAAGUUGUCGUCGUCGUCGUCUGGUUCGGCAUAAUUGCAAUAAAUUUGCUGUUUUUAAUACAUAAAAGGAAGCAGCAAACGCCGACGCCGCCGUCAUGCAAAAACAAAUUCCAUGUGCGAAAGACAACAUUAAAAGCGAAUAGCGAAUAGGCAAAAGCGCAAAACGAAAACGAAAAAAGAACGAAAUAGCAAGAGAAUUGGCGCAGCGCAAAUAAUAAGAACAUACACUAGCGAGAACACAACAGCAACAGCAAUAACAACAACAUCGGCACCGACAACGACAAAAACAGUGUGUCUACGGGUAUUAGUGUGUACGUGUGUAUUGUGUGAGCACAAAAUAAAUGUGUGUGAGCGGCGCAAAAAAAAUAUGCUGAAAAAGCUUUCGACGUCGACGACGUCGUCGCAGCUGCUGCUGGCGCAGGCGGAAACUGCAUCAGUGCUGAUGAUCGUUGCGGGAGCGGGACCGCAGGGCAGCAGGGCAACAUGAAUCACGCAAGUUCUUCUGCUGUGUGAAGUGUACAAACAAAUAGAGAGAAGGCGAACGGGCCACAGCAGCAGCAACAACAACAAUAAUAAUAGCACUUUUGCUUUCGGUCCCAACUGGUUUUAAGAACGACAAAGAGCAAAAAGCAAAGUAAACGGAGCGCCCCAAAAGCAGCAACAGCAGCCGCAACAGCAACAACAACAAUAACAAUAUCAACAACAACGACAGCAAAAACUUCAGCAGCGUCUUCUUCUUUGUCGUGAUCGCUGUUGGGGUAGCGGCGCAUGCGCUAAACCGUCGCUGGCGACGUCACAGUCAACAGCAGCAACAGCAAUAACAGCAGCAGCUGCUUCUCAAUUCUUUCCUUCUUCUUGGGUAUUUUUUUGUGCAUGAAAAGUUUUAAAGUAAAUAUAAAUAAUACUAUCGUUACCUGCAACAACAGCAACAAGAAUAAUAAUAACUAGAACAUCACCAACAACCACAACCACAUCACGCAACGUACAAAUCAACAAUGGAUACCUUUAAUGUACCUUUGCUGGCGGAGAACAGCAGCAGCAACAUUGUGAGCUAUGCAACCAGCAACAAUGACACCAGCAACCAUCACCAGCACCACCAGCAACAGCAAACACAGCACCUGCAACAUCAUCACCAACAACAACAACAACAACAGCAGCAGCAACAGUUGCUGCCGCAUCAUCACAAGGAUCAAAUGCUUGCCGCUGGCAGCACACCAAUGAUACCGUUCAUCAAUUACACACAACUGCAGAAGGAUGUGGUGCAACAGAAUUCCAACUCGAAUCCACCGCCAGUCGAUAGCUUUAGCACAUUGCAGGCCAUCGAUGCCAGUCAAUUGGAUGGCGGCGUCUCGUUGAGUGGCCUCUGUGAUCGGAUCUUUGCCAGUCCCAAUCCGCACAGCAACCACAGCAAUCCCAACAGCAGCAACCACAAUAAUAACAACAAUCACAGCAACAACAACAACAAUAGCAAUAGCAAUAAUAACAAUGUGGAGAAGACAACAGCGCCAUCUAGCGGUGCAGUUAUAAUUGAAUCAGUCACAAUGCCAUCAUUUGCCAAUUUGUUGUUCAACGACAACCGCAACGGCAACAGCAGCAGCAACCACAACAACAACAACAACAACGGCAACAGCAACAAUCAGACUGUGGAAUAUCAUCAACUGAAACCACUAGAAAAUGGUGCAAGUUCUGCAGUUAGCACUUCUAGUUUUCUCAGUUCAUCGACAGCACAGUUGCUGGACUUUGAGGUGGUUGGCAGCAAGGAUGCAACUGCGGUUGCCACAGCCACAGUCACAGUUGGUAAUGGCCUCGCCGAUACAACAACAACAGCAGCAACACCAUCUGCUGCUGCUGCUGCUGUUGCAAUAACAACCACAACGAGCACUGCCAAUCGACGAUCGUUGCAUAGUAUUGAGGAGCUUGCUGCCAGCUCAUGUGCCACAUCACAACAACAACAACAACAACAUCAGGCUGGCAAUCUAAGCGGUUCCAAUCUCAGUUCAGAGGAUGAGUCCAAUUCGGAGGAUGAAUUCGGUCUAGAGAUUGAUGAUCAAGGGGGCUACCAGGAGACCAACUCCUCGCACUCGCAGCAGAGUGGCAACGGCAAUGGCGGUGGCAAUGCCACAGCCGGUGGCAACUCGUCGCAGCUGCUGAAUGGCGGCAGCACUGGCGGCAACGGUUACAUGUUGCUGCCACCAGCUGGUGGCACCUCAGCCACAUCGGGUCACAUGUCUGGCGGCAAUGUUGGCGGUGGCUCUGGCGGUGGCGCCACUGGCACCUCGGCUGGCGGCGGUGGCAACCAUCAUGGUGGCACUAGCGCCAGUUCGGGCGGCGGGGGGGAGGCCAUCGAUUUCAAGCAUCUGUUCGAGGAGCUGUGUCCCGUGUGCGGCGACAAGGUGAGCGGCUAUCAUUACGGCCUCCUCACCUGCGAGUCGUGCAAGGGCUUCUUCAAGCGCACCGUGCAGAACAAAAAGGUUUACACUUGCGUCGCGGAGCGAUCCUGCCACAUCGAUAAGACGCAGCGCAAACGCUGUCCAUACUGCCGAUUCCAAAAGUGCCUCGAAGUGGGCAUGAAGCUGGAGGCUGUUCGAGCGGAUCGCAUGCGUGGGGGUCGAAACAAGUUUGGGCCGAUGUACAAGCGGGAUCGGGCGCGGAAGCUGCAGGUGAUGAGGCAGCGUCAGUUGGCGCUUCAAGCACUGCGCAGUUCAAUUGGGUCGGACAUCAAGCCGACGCCGCUCUCGCCGGGCUAUCAGCAAGCAUAUCCAAAUAUGAAUAUUAAGCAAGAAAUACAAAUACCUCAGGUAUCCUCACUCACACAGUCGCCGGACUCAUCGCCCAGUCCCAUUGCCAUUGCCUUGGGGCAGGUGAAUGCGAGCGGGGGCGGCGGUGUGAUAGCCACGCCCAUGAAUGCCGGCAAUGUGAGUGGCGGCGGCAAUGGCAGCUCCUCCUUGGGCGGUGGCAACAACAACAGCAACAACAACAACAAUGGCAACAACAACAGCAGCAGCAGCACAGGCAGCAACAGCAGCCUCGGCGGCGGAGGUGGCAACAACGCUGGCGGUGGCAGCGGCGGCGGUGGCGGUGGUGGCAACAACAACAGCACCGAUGGCCUGCAACGCAACGGAAACGGCGGCAAUGGCAACAGCAACAGCAGCUGCCACGAAACCGGCAAUGGAUCUCUGCAGAACACAGCCGAAUCGAAAUUGUGCUUCGAUUCUGGCACACAUCCAUCAAGCACAGCCGACGCGCUCAUUGAGCCACUGAGGGUAUCGCCAAUGAUACGUGAAUUUGUGCAAUCGAUCGACGAUCGGGAAUGGCAGACGCAACUGUUUGCGCUGCUGCAGAAGCAGACGUACAAUCAAGUAACCGUGGAUCUCUUUGAGUUGAUGUGCAAAGUGCUCGAUCAGAAUCUGUUCUCGCAAGUCGAUUGGGCAAGAAACACCGUCUUCUUUAAGGAUCUGAAGGUGGACGAUCAGAUGAAGCUGCUGCAGCAUUCAUGGUCCGAUAUGCUUGUGCUGGACCAUCUGCAUCAUCGCAUACACAACGGUUUGCCCGAUGAGACGCAACUGAACAAUGGUCAGGUGUUCGAUUUGAUGAGUCUCGGCCUGUUGGGUGUGCCCCAGUUGGGUGAUUAUUUCAACGAGAUACAGAAUAAGCUGCAGGACCUUAAGUUCGAUAUGGGCGAUUAUGUGUGCAUGAAAUUCCUAAUACUGUUAAAUCCAGAUGUACGCGGCAUUGUCAACAAGAAGACCGUUACGGAGGGGCACGAGAGUGUGCAGGCAGCGCUGCUGGAUUACACGCUUACGUGUUAUCCCUCAGUCAAUGACAAAUUCAGGAGGCUAUUGAACAUACUACCAGAGAUCCACGCCAUGGCCUCACGUGGCGAGGAGUAUCUGUACACCAAGCACUGUGCGGGCAGUGCGCCAACGCAGACGCUGCUAAUGGAGAUGCUGCACGCCAAGCGGAAGGUGUAAGCGUUUGGAUACCAUACGUGAACCGAAGGAAAUACUUAAACAAUUUAUGGAACGAGUGUAAAUAACAAACAAACAAAAAAACAAUAGCAAAGAGCAAACAGUUAAAAUGAAUGAAAAACCAACAACAUUAUUUGCUAUGCGAAGAAUAUGAAUUAUGCAAUGAAAAUGCAUAUAAGGCAGAAAGAUCAUCACUACCACCAACAAAACCAACCAACUACAAAACCACACACACACACGCAACACACACCAAUACCUACAAUUACACCUACAACCACAUUUGUUGAUUCAAUGUUAAUUAUUAUUAUGUUAAUGAACUAGCUUUAGCUUAUGUUUAACUAAUUGAAUAAUUUGUCUUAAAUUAAUUCGUGUUAAUUUUUAGUCGUGUCCCCCGAUAAAGCAAUUCAAAAAACAACAAAAAAAAAAAAAAAAAAAAAAGAAACAACAACUAAACUACCCAACAAAAUUGUGGAAAGUGCAAGAAUAACUUUCUUUAGAAAAUAACAAAAAAAAAGAGCAUAACAAAUUUUAUUUUUAUAUAAAUCUACUAUACACACUUAUAUGUAUAUAUAUAUAUAAAUGGUAUAUAUGUAUAUAUAUAUAUCUAUUUUUACGUGAAGAAAUUGGCGUAAUUUUAAGCGACCUCUCUCCCCUUCCCUUCAAAGCAAACACAUACUCUCACUCCCCCUCCUUUUAUAAACAAUUCAAUUCUAAGAAAAUUUUCAAUUUUUGGUUUUCUCUGUCAUUUUAUUCGCGCCAAGUGUCUUGCAUAGUAUUUGCGUCUACUCUAAAAGAAAAUAACUAAAACAAAGUAUAAAUAUAUAAAAAAAAAAACGAAAA